CGUACUUACGACUCGGCGGUUGAUGUACGUCGACGCUACACGCUGCUAUUACACGACGAUACCGUAGUCGACGUGAGCGUAGCGGUCUGCAGCACCGCGCGUCACGGAAUCACCUAUAUACUGUUUCGGCCACCAUCACGACUGCAGCAAGAGCCGUGGCUGGCGGUGGACGGUAGCGACGGUGGCCAUCGGAUGCGGUCCGGCCCGGCGGCGGAUGGAGAACCGCGGGUGAUGCACGCGGCCGACCGUCGUCAUGGGCUGUAACCCGAGCAAAGACGGAGGCGCCGUCGGCGGAGAAGGCGUAGGAGGAGACGGCGGAGUAGACGUCAUCAACAAACUGUCGUCGGCCGCCGAGUCGGAUGCGGCCGAAACGCUCUUGAUACCGUUGAGUGACGAUUUGGGAAAACUUGACAGUUUGGCCAGUUCGGUUAGCGAAGAAGAAAACUCCGACACGAUGAAAACAUCAGAGGAAGUAGAUUUCGAAAAGGAAUUCCGGCCGGAUGACGUUGAAUUGUGUCAUGCCGCGACCAAAAUCCAAGCGUCAUUCCGGGGUCAUAUGACUAGGAAACAGCAGGCCUGUGGAAAAGACGAACCUGGCGCAACGGCUUCAGGUUUGACUUCUAAAGAUGAAAGUCUCGAAUCGCAGUUGAAAAACAUCGACAUAAAUAAGGACGCAGACAUAGACCAGCUGUUGGACGUGGACUUGGCCGAUCCGGAGUUGCACAAAGCCGCUACAAAGAUUCAGGCGUCGUUCCGCGGGCACAAAGCUCGGAAGGCUGAUGACGCAAUCGAAGCCAAGCAAUAGGACUCCGCCGCUGUAUAAAAUUUCCUUUUUAUUAUUAUUAAUUUUAUUGUUAUUAUUAUUAUUUGUAUUUGAUUCUUUUCUUGCAUUUCACAAUGCUAUGGUAAUAAUUAUAAUAUCUAUCGAGGACGGACUAAUUAAUGCAGCAUAAUAAUACAUCUGCAAUUGUUGAACUACACCACUGCGGUUAUUAUUAUUAUUAUCAUUAUCAUCAUCAUAGUAAUUUUCGAUAAAAUUAUUUUAUUUCACUACGGAUGUAGGAGAGAAAGCGUUUUAUUAAAACUUUAUUUAUAUUMAUUGAUAUAGCUUUUCCAAAGCUGUCGUGACAAGUUUCUUAUUAGGUUCAGCAACAUAAUAACAUGUCAGUCGGUUUGUAAACCACAGAAUUUCCUAUAUAAUGUAAUUAAAUAGAAUCAUUAGGUUUUUUUUUCUCUUAAGCUAAUAACAUUCCUUUUCCGCCAUCCUCGCCUUAUAUUAUAAUGCAUUAAUACAGUCAUAAUAUUAUAUUCAUUUUCACUAUGUCGAUUGUAACCAACACAAAAUUCGUAUCAAUGUGUAAUUAUUAUUAUUAUUAUUUUUACUAUUAUUAAUUAUUAAUAWAUAUUAUAUUUUAAAACACGCACAUCAAUUUAAAUAAUUUYCUGGAGUUUCUACCAAAACAUAAACGGUUGAUAUUGUAUUUCGUAUUAUAUACCUACCUUAUGUGUUGUAACUAAAAUUUGGUGGCUGCAGGGUAAUAAUACUAUAAUCAUUAUAUGAAUACCGUCGAGUCCCAUCAGAAUGUAAUAAUCAAAUGUAAUCGUAAUCAAAAUAAUAAUAAUUAUAAAUUAAAUUAACACCACGAUAACGACGAAAGUUUCUAUUACAUUGAGCUUGGAGAACUUAUCACAUAUGCGUCGUUACAAAAAAUGAUAAUAAUAAUAAUCUUCUUCAAUACUGCACAGUGUUAUUUCAUCGCUGCAGUAUUAUUUUAUCGGCAUAAUCGUUUCAUAAUUACUUUUUUCGACCAGUCGUUUUAAAAUUUUUAACGUUUACGAGAUAAUAUUAAAUUUAUUAUUAUUAUUAUUAUUAUUGACUAUUGUAGUGAUAA